AUGACAGCAUUAUUACGUUAUGUUGCUUAUUAUCCUUCAACACAAGAAUAUUUAAUAAAUAAUUUAAAAAUUAUUGAUUCUAUAUUAAUUCUAUUGAAUAAUUAUACUUUAUUAGAUAAUAUAUUAACAGCAACAGAAUAUAAUUCCAAAACAAAUUUAACUGAUUCAGCUAUUUCAUUUAUAUUUAAUUUAUCACAUGAUUUCAAUUUUUAA